AUGAAAUCUUUAGCUUCUAGUUAUGCUGGAAUUUCUUCCCUAGCUUGCCUUAUCUUGUAUGCCAUGCUGGUUUCAUCACCAAAUAUAAACAUUGCAUUUGCUUCUUCUGCUAGUACUUCUACUGAAGCAGAGGCCCUUCUCGAAUGGAAAUCUAGCUUUAAAAAAGAUACCCAGAAUAAUCUGACCUCAUGGACGUACUCUCCAAGAGCAAAUGCAAGUCCAUGCAAUGUUUGGACUGGUAUUUCUUGCAACACUGCUGGAAGUGUCAACAGAAUAAACCUCACCAAUUCUGGUAUACAAGGUACACUACAUGAAUUUCCAUUCCUGUCUUUCCCUAAUCUUGAAUAUGUUGACCUCAGCUUGAAUAAAAUCUUCGAUGCCAUCCCGCCUAAGAUCAGUUCUCUCUCCAAACUUAUUUAUCUCGAUCUAUCCUACAACGAAUUGUCUGGGAAAAUUCCACCAGAAAUUGGUCUUCUAACAAAUCUUGAGGUCCUGCACCUUGUGGGAAACCAGUUAAAUGGUUCAAUUCCUACUUCUCUUGGUAAUUUGAGCAACCUAAAUUUUUUGUUUCUGUAUGAAAACCAACUUUCGGGCAACAUUCCUCCAGAAAUGGGAAACCUUCACAAUUUAGUUGAGCUCUAUUUGGAUACCAACUACUUAACAGGUCCCAUCCCUCCAACUUUUGGAAACUUCAAAGAGCUAACUGUCAUGUCAUUAUGCAACAACAAUCUUUCUGGUUCCAUCCCUUUAGAACUAGGAAAUCUGAAGUCUCUAGUGCAACUGUACAUUUGCAAAAACAAUCUUUCUGGCUCAAUCCCGGCAUCUUUAGGUGACCUUACAAACCUUACACAUCUCUAUCUCUAUCAAAAUGAACUUUCUGGAGCUAUUCCGAAAGAGUUGGGGAGCUUGAUAUCUCUUGUAGAUCUAGAGUUGACCAUGAAUAACCUCACUGGUUCCAUUCCUACCUCAUUUGGUGACUUGAGCAACUUAGAAAUCUUAUACCUCCGUGACAACCAACUUUCUGGCUCCAUCCCCGAAGAGAUAGAGAAUCUCAUGAAGUUGACUGUACUGGAGUUGGACAGUAACCAAUUCUUCGGUAACCUGCCCCAAAAUAUUUGCCGAGGUGGAUCAUUAGAAAACUUCACAGCAAACGACAACUAUUUGACAGGUCCAAUCCCCAAAAGCUUGAAAACUUGCAAAAGCUUAUUCAGACUCCGUCUCGAAUGGAACCAACUCACAGGCAACAUAUCUGAAGACUUUGGUGUCUAUCCUCAUCUUCAAUUUAUAGACCUAAGCCACAAUAACCUCUAUGGUGAAGUCUCACACACUUGGGGACAGUGUCCACAUUUAGCAACCCUACGAAUUGCGGAAAACAACCUUACCGGUAGCAUACCUCCUGAGAUCAGCAAUGCAGCCCAAAUUCAUGAACUCGAUCUUUCUUCAAACAAGUUAGUCGGGGUGAUUCCAAAGGAUUUUGGGAGAAUGACUUCUUUGGUGAAGCUGUUGUUGAAUGACAAUCAAUUGUGGGGUCAUAUACCCUCAGAGUUUGGAUCAUUGAAUAACCUUGAAUACCUCGACCUGUCCACUAACAAAAUCAACGAGUCAAUUCCAAGCAGUAUAGGUGACUUGUUCAGAUUAAACUACUUGAAUUUGAGCAGCAACAAGUUGAGUCAUGAGAUUCCAUUUCAGUUGGGGAAGUUAGUUCACCUGUCCCAACUAGAUUUGAGUUACAACUUACUUGAGAAUAAGAUACCGUCAGAACUGAGCAAUAUGCAAAGCCUGGAGACACUGAAUCUUUCUCACAAUAAUCUUUCUGGUCUCAUUCCAACAACUUUUGAUGAAAUGCCGGGCUUGUUGUACGUUGACAUAUCCUACAAUCUGUUGCAGGGUCCCAUUCCAAACAACAAAGCAUUUCAAGAUGCUACCUUGGAUGGGAAUGAAGGAUUGUGUAGCAAUGUUGUGAGAAGACUUCAGCCCUGUACGAAUAUCUCAAAAUCAAGUCGAAAAUCUGCGUUCAUAAUCAUUUUCCUUUCCUUGGGAGCUGUUUCACUUGCUGUCCUUGGAAUUGUAAUGAUUAUUAGAUCAAGAAAGAAGAAAGAGCAUCAACCAAUACACCACAACAUGCAGGAUGGAGAGAUUUUUUCCGUACUUAACUUUGAUGGAAGAAAGAUGUAUGAAGAAAUCAUAAAAGCAACCAAUGGUUUUGACUCCAUAUACUGCGUUGGUAAGGGAGGAUCUGGAAGUGUCUAUAAGGCCAUGCUAUCCUCAGGCGAUAUAGUUGCAGUAAAGAAACUCCAUGAAUUACUUGAUGCUGAUGGCGAGGAUGUGGAGACUUCCCGAAAGGACUUCCUCAAUGAAGUCAGGGCACUUGUAGAGAUACGACACCGAAACAUUGUGAAGCUUCUUGGUUAUUGUUCAUAUCCAAGUCACUUGUUUUUGGUUUAUGAGUAUCUAGGGAAAGGUAGCUUGUCUUCACUCUUGAGCAACGAGCAUGAGGCUAAAAAAAUCGACUGGAGUUCUAGGGUGAGAAUUGUAAAAGGUGUAGCUCAUGCACUGUCUUAUAUGCAUCAUGAUUGCAAGCCACCGAUUGUACAUCGAGACAUAUCAAGCAACAACAUUUUGCUCAGUGACGAAUGUGAGCCUUGUGUUUCAGACUUUGGGACUGCUAAGCUUUUGAAUCUUAACUCAUCUAACUGGACUGCCCGUGCAGGCACAUAUGGAUAUGUAGCACCAGAGCUUGCUUACACAGUGAAGGUAACUGAAAAAUGUGAUGUUUAUAGCUUUGGAGUGCUGGCCCUAGAAGUGCUAAUGGGAAAGCAGGUAGGUGAUUUCAUAUCCUCAUUUUCUCACUUGUCCGACAGUGCAAACAUAUUGCUGAAGGAUGUCCUGGAUCAACGCCUUCCGCCUCCUAUACCUCAAGUUGAAGAUGAACUGAUAACCAUUGCAGGGCUAGCAAUUGAAUGCAGACAUUCCCAUCCUCAGUCUAGGCCGACAAUGCUGAAGGUUUCUCAGGUCCUGUCGUCCCAAAUUGCAUAUUGUUAUAAACAACAAGACAUUACACUUGAACAACUCAUUAACUGAUAUCUGGA